CCUGUAUUGGUACUGGGUGGGACAGCGGAAGCGGCGUAUCGCCUCGCUGACAUUAUUAAUUCUACCCUACCACACUCGGGAUACAUUUUACCAAGAUGCCGGCUUACCACUCCAAUCUGAUGGAUGCCGACACCAAAUUGGUCGGGAAUAUGGCAUUGUUGCCCCUCAAAACACAGUUUAAGGGCCCGGCUCCAAAAGAAACCAAAGACCAAGACAUCAUCGACGAGGCCAUCUACUACUUCAAAGCUAACGUUUUCUUCAAGAAUUACGAAAUUAAGAACGAGGCUGAUCGAACAUUGAUCUACGUCACCUUGUACAUCUCCGAAUGCCUUAAGAAGCUGCAGAAGUGUAGCUCACGGGGCCAAGGAGAGAAAGAGAUGUAUACACUGGGCAUCACUAACUUCCCUAUCCCAGGAGAGCCUGGCUUCCCACUGAAUGCCAUGUAUGUCAAACCCUCCAACAAACAGGAAGAAGAGACUAUGAGGGCUUACCUACAGCAAGUGCGGCAGGAAACGGGUCUGAGGUUGUGCGACCGCGUGUUUGACCCACAGACUGACAAGCCAAGCAAGUGGUGGGUGUGCUUUGUAAAGAAACAGUUCAUGAACAAGAGUCUCUCUGCACCUGGACAAUAGGCAAAAACUGAGAUUUUCAUUUGGAACAUUAUUUUUCCAGUAUGGUUAUGUUUUCUUGCGUUUUGUCUUUUUUUUUUUGCCAUCAAAGGCUACCAGAUUUAAAGUUAAUUUUAUACUGCAGCCAAAUAUUUGAUUUCCUUUUCACAACCAUACACCAUAUGUGAAAACUGAGGUAAUCAAAUAAAAAUAUUAAAAAUAA